GGGUGAUGAUUGCGACAGGCGGUUUGCUGAGGAUCAAUGCACGGCGCCAGGAUUCGCUGAGGUCCAAACCACACAAGCCACAUCCGCCAAAGAAGAAGAACAAAAGACCAAGAGAGGUGGUGGUGGUGAAGGGGAAGUUGAAGCUGUGCUCAGUUCCGGGUUUCGUGGCCAUACUCGGAAUCUUGGUCCUGCUAGUGGGUGGUGUCAUGGCUGCUUUGGGGUACUGGCCUCGUGACGGGCUUUUCCUCAGUGCUCUGCCACAGGGGGACACUGCUAUGGCCUCAGUGUUGUCCAGCAGCUCCACACCAGCACUUGCUGAUGCCCAGCAAGAGUGGAGGGUGGAGGAGUCUAAAGGAGAUGGAGGAAAAGGAGGUAGUAAAGGUUUUAACCAAACCAAUACCAUCAAUGGGACAACGCCGAGGGCCCUGCCAGGCUUUUUGGAGGAUUUUCUGGACAGGUACCUGUACUCUGACAGGCUGAAGGUGUUUGGCCCGCUCGUCAUGGGAAUCGGGAUCUUCCUUUUCAUCUGUGCCAACGCUGUCCUGCACGAGAACCGUGACAGGAAGACGAAGGUGAUCAACCUGCGGGACAUCUAUUCCACCGUCAUCGACCACCACACCCACCAGAAACCUGCUUCCUCUGGCUCCACCCACUCCAACCCCCUUAAUGGCCUUGUUAAUUACGUCCAGUCAAAGAGCCUAGAGACCAAGACCAGGAUGAACCUCCCCUCUCCCCUGACUCGGCAGGAGGCAGGGAGAGCUGCUGGGGCUGGAGAUGGAGGAGGAGUCUUUAGUAUCUACCAGGACCCGCUAGAUGCUCUUCCUCCCUCGUCCUCCUAUAGCCCGCCCAAUAUCUCCUGUUGGUUAUCCCAUCAGAAGGAGGUGCUUAGCUCCUUCACUUUACCCCUGCACCGGUCACGCCCCCUCAGUCCACCACGGAGGCACUCGAUGUGGGGCGGGAGCAGGAGAGGCUGGGGUGGAGUCAAUGGAGGAGAGGAGGAAGAGUGGAGGAUGUGGGGAGAUAGACAGGAGGAGAAAGUCUGUGUACGCCCACCACUUCCCGGUUGCAGCCCCAUUCCACCCUCAUGCAGACUCCUGCAGGAGCUGUCUUCAGGAGGCUCCCAAGCCCUGCUCCUCCUAAACCCUUCCCACCUGUCUCUCUCCUCCCUGUCCCACCUUCUCUCUUCCCCUUCCUCUCCACCAGCCCAUCCACACAGAAGGCUGAGCCUUCCAACCUGCAGCACCAAUGUAGGUUACAGCUCACUCAGUCCUAAGGAGGAGUCAUGUGACUGGUCUUCCUCACUGGGCGGGGCUGGAAUGUCACAGGCAGUGACAUCCCAGGUGAUAAUCCCUGACUGGCAGGGCCUGCAGGUGAGGGGGGAGGAGGAGGAAGGCUGA